AUGUCGAAUCCUAAGCCUCGUACAAUAGCUGUUCUAGGGGCUCGUGCAGUAGGGAAAUCUUCAUUAACGAUUCAAUUUGUUGAGAAUCACUUCGUGGAUUCUUAUUACCCUACAAUUGAAAACACUUUCAAUAAAGUCAUACGCUUUCGAGGACAAGAAUUCGCGGCAGAGAUUAUAGAUACUGCGGGACAGGAUGAACAUUCGAUUCUUAAUUCGACACAUGCGGUUGGUAUUCAUGGAUAUGUACUUGUAUAUUCCAUUACUUCGAGACAGAGUUUCGAGAUGAUGAAAAUUAUAAGAGAUAAAAUUCUAAAUUAUGCCGGAACAGAAUGGGUUCCUAUGGUGCUUGUCGGAAAUAAAACAGAUUUGCAUAUGCAAAGGCAACUCUCGGCAGAGGAGGGAAAAGAACUGGCUACCCAAUGGAAUUGUGCAUGGACAGAAGCUUCUGCUAAACAUAAUGAAAACAUCACGCGAAUAUUUGACUUGAUGAUUGCUGAAAUUGAAAAGACAUUGAAUCCUAAUGGCGAAGAUUCGGGCAGCUGUUUAAUUAUCUAA